AAAAAUGUGAAAUUAAUAAAUCGUGUGUUGCUAUAAGAUAAUGUUAUUGGUUCCUUUUGGAAAUCAAACAUCCUUAGCUAAUGCUCUUAUGAGUAAAAUACUUCUACUCAGUCAAACUUGUAUACCUGUAAGGCAGGUGAAGAAGAUGCUCUGUACCUCGUCCUGUUGCAGAGUAAAUCACACAGCCGCUGCCAGAGGUAGGAGGCAACCAAACACACGCCGCUGACAAGCCAAAUGUCCAAGCCAGUGACAGACCUCUCCAUGGCUUUCACUUUAUUCCUCAUCCUUCAUCUAUGGUCUUGGUUUUCCUAUCUUUGACUACAAAGGGUCUCUUGGAGGUAAGGGUGAGGAGUUCCAAGUAGAAGGUGCGAAGAGAUGACAGCUUCUUCUUAAGGUACAAGGACUGCUCAAACAUAUAGAGUAUACUAUGCUAUCCUUUGCAGCCUCUGUUAAUGCUGUUAACUCCCUACUGCAGAGGACAGACAGUUUGUCCUUGUGACAAAAGAGUGACAGGUGCCACCAUAGAGUGUCAGCGAAACAUGCCCUAUCAUAUUUUGUCUAUCCUCCCAUUUGCACUAACAAGCAUGUCUCCUAUGUUCUCUUCUCCCACAUUCAUCUUUGUGAAUAAAUGAUUUGAGUCACAAUUAUUCUUUGACAGGGCCCUGACAUUGAAAUUGUAAAAGAAUUGUAAUGGAGGGUUUAGUCUUCCUGUCACCACAGACACUUGGACGUGGUGUAAAUAAAUAGCCUGCACCUAUUAGAUUACUGCUGCAAAUGUCACCCUAACUUAACUGGGGCUUAAACGCUGCGGUCUUGGCAUUGGCAAGUGUAUAUGAGUUUUUAUUGUUUGGAAACCAAAAUCACACUAUUUUGCUUCUGAUAAUUUGUUUAUUUUCUCUUUUUCUUUAUGAGCAGCUCACUGGAACUUCUCCAGCCUCUUCUCUCUUCACCACUGGCACUGCCAUAUGCAGAACUGUGCUCCUAUUGCUCAUAUGAAAUUGCUGUAUAACUGGUCUUACAUGAUUGUGGUCUUGCAUGUCUUAUGUCAAAAACAGCUCAACUUUGAGAUGUAAUAAAAACAAAACUUUCCAUUAUGUUCUGAACAGGUCUGAACCCUUAUCAGAACCAGUUCACAGGCGUUUAUUUACUGUACAGUUUUAGACACAUUUCAAGUUAAAUGUCCCAUAUUAUUUGUAUAUCUUAACUAAUAUUCCACAAAUAUUUAAUUGUCAAAUUAGUAUUAUUUAAUUGUGUUUUACCACAAAUGCCAUGGACCGGAAAUGUCCCCGUGUCGGACCGCCCCGUCAGUACGUGAACGCACACUGACAGGAAGUGAAUUAAAGAGUGUGUGUGUUAUAUUUAGAAAGAAAAAAAAAACUGAAUACAUGUACAUAUUAUUUAGAUGAACUCCAUGCAUAUGUCGUAAAAAGGGUAAGUCACGAUUGGGUAUAACAUUAAAACAAAAAACGGUAAUGUUUUGGUCACGUGAUUAGGUGAACAGUUUCGCGGGUAUUCAACAUGGCGCAGGACAUGGAGACGAUAGCCUCAACAGCAGACUCGGUGCAAUGUCCCGUGUGUUCUGAAGAGUUUAAGCCUUCCACAAUAAACGGACACCUGGACGUGUGUCUGCUGAAAGACGAGGCGGACAGCAGCCACUUUGCCAAAGAUGACAGCGGACCUCCUCUAAAGAAACUGCGGGUCAGUGGAGAGGCUGAGUCGCACAGCAGCCCCGGUGCAAACAGACCUGAGGCAGCAGGUAAAGUCGCUGCUCCACCUGCUGCCAUGUUUUCUCUGUUUCACAACAACAAGAGCAAAUUGUCGGAACAAAGUGAACGGCAUAGUUUGAUUACUAAUAAACAAAGCACUGUCAGUGGUGUAAUUAAGGGGGUUAAACGUGGGGUAGACCUGAUGAGUGAGGAUGAACCUGGACCAGCAGGACUGACAGAGAACGUGAGAAGCCAAACAACUGUGUCCUCCAGCGGACAUACACUGUCAGCGAAGACAUCGCGUGGUUUAUCGCCACGGAUGCUGCUGACGACGAACAAACCUUUAGCGGAGACACUGCGACCAAAUACACUGGAGGAAUACUUUGGUCAAAGUAAAGUCAUAGGACAGCACACACUCAUCCGGUCUCUGCUGGACUCGCAGGAGAUACCAUCUCUGAUACUGUGGGGGCCGCCGGGAUGUGGGAAGACCACCCUCGCCCACAUCAUUGCCAGUACCAGUAAGAAGAAUGGCACAGCUCGUUUUGUCACUCUGUCGGCAACCAGUGCGUCCAUCAGUGAUGUUCGAGAGGUGAUCAAACAGGCGCAGAAUGAGCUCCGACUGUGCAAGAGGAAGACCAUCUUGUUCAUUGAUGAAAUCCACCGCUUCAACAAAUCCCAACAGGACACUUUCCUUCCUCAUGUGGAGUGCGGAACAGUCACACUGAUCGGAGCAACUACUGAGAACCCGUCCUUCCAGGUGAACGCUGCCCUGCUGAGCAGGUGCAGGGUGCUGGUUCUGGAAAAGCUCUCCGUGGAGGCGAUGGGCUCAAUCCUGGACAGAGCAGUGGAUUCUCUCGGUAUCAGAGUCCUGGGACGAGAGCAAGAACAUUUCAAAGAUCAAGACCAAACAGAUGGACAUGAGCCAAAGAUUUCUAUCGAGCAAAAUGCUUUGGACACCAUAGCUUACCUCUGUGAUGGUGAUGCAAGAGCAGGACUUAAUAGUCUGCAACUUGCUGUACAGGCUCAGUUGAACUUGCCUCGGUCAAGCCUGACGGCACAAAGCAGUUCCCCUCAAGAAAUAGUGGUGAAGGAGGUGCAUGUAAAGGAAGGUCUUCAGAGGUCCCACAUUCUCUAUGAUAAAGCUGGUGAGGAGCAUUACAACUGUAUCUCGGCGUUGCACAAGUCGAUGAGAGGCUCACAUGAGAAUGCCUCUCUGUACUGGCUGGGACGCAUGCUGGAGGGCGGUGAAGAUCCCCUCUAUGUGGCCCGCAGAUUGGUCCGCUUUGCCAGCGAGGAUGUUGGUAUGGCAGAUCCCGCUGCUCUCCCUCAGGCUGUGUCUGCCUUCCAGGCCUGUCACUUCAUUGGGAUGCCUGAGUGUGAGGUGAUCCUGGCUCAGUGUGUGGUGUACCUGGCCCGAGCACCAAAGUCUGUGGAUAUCUACAAGGCCUAUGCUAACGUAAAGAUUUGUCUGAGGAACCACAAGGGCCCCCUGCCUCCCGUCCCACUUCACCUCCGCAAUGCCCCCACAAAGCUCAUGAAGCAACUGGGCUACUCUAAAGGCUACAAAUACAACCCAGCCUUCAGUAACCCUGUAGAGCAGGAGUACUUACCUGAUGAGCUGCAGGGGAUGGAUUUCUUUACCUGGACACCGUCAGACCCAUGAGUAUUUCCUGUAAUUGUUCAUCUCUCCUUUUGAUUAUUCUAAAACCAAGGACGCUAAUUUAAAAACUAAUUUUUGACAUGAACAUGUAUUUGCUGUGCUGAUCCAAAUUCACACUUGCAGUUAGGACUUUUGAAGGUAAAAAUAAAGGAUUUUGCAGUUCAAA